GGCAGCAGUCGUGGCGUAACUUGACGGUAGUGUAGUGAUGAGUGAGACAAGUAGAAGUGAUGGGAAUUUUCUAAAACACAAAAUGACACUGCUAGAAAUGGCGGAUGGCUAUGGGUUUAACUUAUAUCAACACCUGAAGAACUGCAUAAAACACAUGUUAUACCAGCAAAGAUUCGAUGACUUUAAUGAGUUUGAAGUCUUAAGCGGUCGCCUUAAACUAGAAACUAAGAGGCAUGGUCCAGGAGACCCUUCGAGUCCGAAUCCUGCGUCAUUUUCCACGGCGAAAAUCCAGCAAAAGUUGUUUACGAGAAACUCAGAAGAGGAUGAGGAGCCUGUAGCAGAUGAAGGAGAAGAACACCCUCUUCCGAAUGUGAUGGAAAAUGCAUACUAUUUUGAUAAUGCAGGAGUAGGUAUUGGGAAAAACGAGACCGUUCUAUUAAACAUGGCUAUCAAGUCUCUAGUGAAUACCCAAGCUGUUCAAACUGCGCGAUUUUGGGGGAAAAUUCAUGGAUUGAUUCAAAAUUACUACAUAGUCGAAGUAGAGUUUCCUGAGGGGGAAGACAUAGACGAAGAGGAGAGUCCAGAAUCAUUUAAUCGUGAUGCAACUGAAAUAGAUGAUGAAGAAGGAGCUGAAGAAGGCAAAGAUGUCCUACCAAAGUCCAAAUGGAAACCACCAGUCAAAGUGCCGAGAGAGGAAAAUCAUAUUGGAACUAAUAAGAAAGUUUAUUUCGUAUGUCAUGAACCAGGCCUACAAUGGAUAAAACUUCCACCGGUAACACCUGAACAAAUAGUAGCUGCUCGAGCUGUUCAUCGUCUUUUUACUGGGAUAUUGGAUUAUCCGGUUUCGUGUUAUCCACCUUAUCCUGGUAAUGAAGCUAAUUACUUACGGGCUCAGAUAGCACGAAUUACUGCAUCCACCCAAAUAUCUCCACAAGGUUAUUAUACUUUUGGAAGUAAAGAAGAAGAAGAAGAAGAAGAACUUGGGAAUGAAGAAGAAGGCGAACGACAGAAUUAUGUAAAAAAUGAAGAAUACGAACCAUUAAGUACUAAUGAAUUAGCUGAUCCAAGUCUUAUACACUGGGUACAUCAUACAUCCUAUAUUCUACCACAGGGGAGAGUUUAUUGGUGGAAUCCAAAAAAGGGUUUGGGCGAUUAUUUUGAUGAAAUUAAUGAUGAGGAUGAAGCAGAGGAAAAUGAAGAUAGUCAAAUGAAGAAUGUCAUACAACCAGAACGUGGACCACCUAUACUUACACCGAUUUCAUCUGACUUACCAAUAUUUGGACAAAAACCAUGGUCAAUCAGAAUAAGCUCUAAGUUAUUACCAGAAUAUGCAUCUGUUGUUGUGUCUUCUAAUAUCUGGGUGGGGGCACAUGCAGUAUCAUGGGGGAGGCGAUUUGAAAAUAUUUAUGUUGGAUGGGGCUUAAAAUCAGUUACUUCAGGUUUUCAACCUCAGGUACAACCGAUUGAAAUGGAUGAAUAUCAAGAAGUUUCUGAUUUCAAUGAGGCAACCGAUCCAACUCCUCAAGAAGAGGCUGCAUUAAGAGCUCUGCUCAAUCCGCCUGAAGAGGAAGAUGAAGAUUUAGCUAAAGAGGAACAAGAAGAAGGAGAAGAAGGUGAUGAUUAAAGAAAGAUUAUUUAUUUGGAUAAUAGACAGAUUGUUUGGAUACACUAAAUAAGGAUUAGGAUCUUGAAAUAUGAUUAUAUUUGAAAAAAAGUGGAAGAAAUCAAAAUGUUUAUCGAUUAUAACUUAUUAGUCAAUUUUAAAAAGUCCAUGCUAAUGUUUUAAUUCCUGUAAACAGUCAUAUUUCUCAAAUUAAAAUGACAACUAAUAUGUACAGAUUGAUGAAUUAUGUUUUGUUUUUAAAAACACUUAGUUGUUGAUAAUUAAACGAUACAUUUGUAUUAUCCGAAUGGGGAGAACAUUCAAAUUCAAAAGUUUCGCAGUUUAUUGUAACUUGCUUGUUCAGCGACUUGAUAGAUAACCAAAUUACAUUGGCGCAAGUUCAGAGGGAUAUAUUCCAAUCCACUCAAAAUAAUUAUGAUUAUGUCAGUGCACGGUAAGGUAAAACUAAGGUACAUAACUAUGAUAUUUCAUCUAAAUUGUUAACUAACAACAAAUUGCUUCGUUUUAAUACGUUUAUGAUAACACUUUUUUAGGAAAAGUAUUAAGUGCUUACCGCAUGUAACCCUCUUAAGGUUACUGCUGGUCCCAAGACCGGGUAAAGGAGGAGGGUUGGGCAUAAGAUCAGCAACCUCGUUCCACAGCGAACAACCUUGUUAGAAAAAAACGCUAACCAGAAGAAUUAUUUAAACCAUUUAAAAUCUGUCCUAAGAAUUAAAGGAUCUUCAUUAAGAAGAGUUGUGGCGCCUCACGGUGAAAGGUAAGAUUCUUUGUAAGUCACGAG